CUUCUAAAUAACACAUUUGAGUACAAUGGAUUCCAAAAGAGCAAUCCUCAUUCUUGGCCUAUUGGCCAUGGUUCUUCUUAUUUCAUCAGAAGUGUCAGCUAGGGACUUAGCAGAGACUUCCACUAAUGCAAAAGAGGUGGCUGUUGAAAAGUCAAAUGAAAUAAAUGAUGCCAAACAGUAUGGUGGAGGCUACGGUGGUUACCACAAUGGCUAUGGCGGUUACCAUGGUGGUGGAGGUGGUUUUGGAGGAGGCUUUGGUCAUGGUGGUGGUUACAAUGGUGGUGGAGGAGAUUAUGGUCAUGGUGGUGGAGUUGGUUUUGGAGGAGGCUUUGGUCAUGGUGGUGGUUACAAUGGUGGUGGAGGAGAUUAUGGUCAUGGUGGUGGAGGUGGUUAUGGAGGAGGCUUUGGUCAUGGUGGUGGUUACAAUGGUGGUGGAGGAGAUUAUGGUCAUGGUGGUGGAGGUGGUUAUGGAGGAGGCUAUGGUCAUGGUGGUGGUUACAAUGGUGGUGGAGGAGAUUAUGGUCAUGAUGGUGGUUACAAUGGUGGUGGAGGAGGUUAUGGUCAUGGUGGUGGUUACAAUGGUGGUGGUUUUGACGAUCGUAACUGAUAAUAUCAUCAUGCAUGCAUGUGUUAAGUGUAAUAAAUUUCAUGAAAUAAAUAAUGUCGAGUGUUUGAACAAAAGAGGCACAGCAUAGAUAGACAUCCUUUGUGGUUAUGUAUUAUCUAUCUUGCCACUUUAUAGUAUCGAUAUUGUUCCACUCUAUAAAUCGCUAUGUCUAUCAUGUGUAAUAUAUCAAAUAAUAUCCUUUUCUGGGAUUCGUUGUUGGAAUAUUUUCUGUCUAAGUAACUUUGUCAAUUAUGUAUAAUGAUGGAUUUUUGUUUGUGUUU